UAGAGUGCCGCAUCGGAUAAAGACGAGCUUAAAUUAGUGUUUUCUUUUAUUCGUUUCGGCUUUGCAGUACACACAUAUAUAUUUGAGCAUGCAGUACACCGAGACAUACAGCAUUGCCGUUACUGAUCGCUUUCUAUGUCGUAAUUAUUGCAUUUCGUCAUAACAAACUAGGUUCUAAUUCAUUUCAAAAGACCACACCCGCAUCGAUACAAACAUGGGACGCUGUUUUAAUUACAAAUUAUUGCUCAAUCUAUGUAACUUUUUGUUUUUGAUAUGUGGCUUAUUGCUGAUCGUAUCAGGAUUAUAUCUCUUUUCCGACAACAAACGCAUUCUGCUCUCCAGACUUUUGGCCGCCUCCAGCGAUCGGUUGAGCUCACUUCCCCAGCCUUUGCUUUUCUAUAUAGCACUGGGCGUGGCAAUCGCGGGAUUUGUGGCGAUUUUGGCCGCUGUUGUGGGCUUUUGGGCCAGCUGCCUUCACACCUACUGUUUCCUGAGCAUAUACUUCCUGAGCGUUGUGAUGCUCCUUCUGACUGAAUCCGUUCUCUGCCUGGCCAUAACCCUCUGGCCACAUUGUUUGGGCAUCAGCCUCGAUGAAAAUCAAAUGGUGCGAUCCCUGCAGAGCAACUAUGGAGUUCCGGGGCAGGAGCAGUUCACCAAUGCCAUGGAUUUGGCACAGACACGUUUUGGCUGCUGCGGAAUGAGGAGUUCGCUGGACUACGACACAUCCUUGUGGCGACUGCAGGGCUAUGGACAAAGGAACUGGCCGGUGCCACUCAGUUGCUGUGUGCUGGAAAAUGCGGGUCAUUCGAUGGCAUAUCUGGAUCCAAAGCCGGCCAAUGAAUCGCUUUGCCAGUCGAUCGAGCGAUUGUCCUACGAAAGGGAGCGCAACACGGAAUCCUGCCUGCCGCAUCUGGACAACUGGUACCGGGAGCAGUAUGGCAUCUUUCUUGGCGGCAGUUUGGUACUGGCCUUGGUUGAGUUCUGUGUUUUACUGGCAAUCAUCAUGAGUUGCACUGGGCUGGCCUCACAACGGGCUAGGCUCAAGAAACCAACUCAGGAAGUGAGAGGUCAAAAGGUGAAGAAGCGACAGACUCUUAUAGAAAACAUAUACGAACCCGAUGCGGAACUAAGAGAUAAUUCGAGCCACUGUAUCAAUGGAAUAUAUCUUGGACCAGCUAGCCGGCAUGUAAGCAGUGAGGAUUUUAAGGAAUUGUACAUUAAGCCGAGAGAUUUGUAUAAACAUCAUCAUAUCGCGACCGGAAAACCAAUUGUGGUCGACCGUCCAAUGCAAAUGAGAAAUUAUUUGGUCUAAACUUAUAAAGAGCCAUUAAAAGAUAAAUGUGUUUUUCCAUUUUAAUAAUUUCAAACUUAAAUGUGCUCUUAUCAAAAUGUAUAAUCAGUAAAAAUAUUUAAAAACAUUUUAUAACUAAAUCUGGUUCCAAAAAAAAUGUGCUGGCUUUCGUGUUUAUGGCUCAGAAUAUAUGGCUCAUAAUUAUUUACUUGUACCUAGUGUUUUUAAGCCUUAUGUAUAUAUAUAAAAUAUGGUUGACAAUAAUUUGAAAUCAUUGUAGGCUUA